AAGCGGUUGGGUUGUGUAUUGUUUGGUUCCCAUUUGUAAACGGGAUUUGCUAGUGGAAUAAGUGUUUUUGUGUUAUUCAAUCAUGGAAUCUGUGGAAGAACGCUUGAAUAAGGCUCGUCAAGAGCGCAUUGCUAGAGAAAAAGCGAGGAUCGAUAAGUUACGGGAGUUGAACCUCAAGAAAUACAAUCAAAUCGAGCCCCAGGGUCUUACUAAGGCGUCGUCGACCGCUUCCCUUUCUAAAACACGUAAUAAUACCAUUAAACCCAAAAAUGACUUCUCAAAGAGCAAUCUCAAAUGUCCCAGCACUAUUAGAGAGGUCAAGAAUAAUUUUGGCAUUAAUGACAAAAGACCUCUUACGACCGCGAUGCCACUAAAGAAACCAACUGCAGAAAUUAAGCCAGUUAUGAAAAGCGCUGUUCCAAAAGUAACUGAAGUUAAGAAUGACGCCAAAAUGGUGACAAAAACUGUUAUGAAUACUGUAAAAAAGGAUUUUAUUAGCAGCAAUAAAAUUAUUUCCAAUUCUGUUAAACUGCCGGUUAAUGGAGUUAAAAGUGUCCCAAAUGUUGCUAGAAAAACUUUGGCCCCUAUCAAGAUGGCUAGCCAAUUGAAAUUGUCAGAAAAUCUGUCUAAAAUGUCUGAGACAGCUAAAGAAUCUACUAGAAAAAGCAUGCUACCAAAUCAGCCAUUUGAUAAACCAAAGCUAACUGCCAGAAAAAGUAUGGCACCAAUCAACCAGUCAAUAAUAUCUGAAAAACCUAUGGAGUCGUCUAGAAAGAGUAUGAUACCGAUGCGGCCACUCAGUGCGACGAAAAAGAGAGAAUCUGUGUUUGAUCGCCUGUACAAGCCUAAAACAGUUCAUAAGACUGAAUUGAGUGAUACUGAUAGACUUCAGAGAGAUCCAAUAUUUUUACAUAAGGUAAUGCAGCAGGGAAGCCUGAUUGCCAACAAAAGGCGCACAAUAUUCGGCCCUAGCUUCGCCAAGCCCGUGACAAAGGAGCCGGUGCGCAGGUCCAUCUCCGCCAUCCAUCUGAAACGGAUCAGCAGGAAGGAGCUAGGGAACUGCUACCAGAAGUGGUCAUCUAUUGGCGAAAAACUCAACGAAAUCGACUUAACAACCACAAACGAAGAUGACAAAGUGACACAAGACACCAUACAAUCAGCCAUCAAGAGCGAACGCAAGCGCGUCCGCCUACAAACACCGACAUUCACUCCUAGACCGGCCGAGAUGCAACACAGACUGCAGAAAUGGCUGCAGUCCCGAGGGAAAUCCGUACACUCCUACCAACACUUACAGUGCUUUGGGAUACAUCAUUUGGCUGAGAAACCUAUUAAACCGCUGUUCAUAAAGCAAGUUGAACAGGAUAAAGGAAAUAAGGAAGAUUUUGAUGAAGAGAAUAAAGAGAAUAUAGAAUUGGAGCAUGAUAGCGACAAUGAUUCUUACAGUGACUGCAUGAAUGAACCUAAUGAUGAUCUUAAUGAUAAGACUAAGUGGAGGGGUCGGGUUAGCUAUGUGAGUGACAGUGUGUGUAUGAAUGAUAGCGAUCAUGAUACUACGCUGAAUUCUGAUGAGGAUGAUGUGUUGUUGGGAGCGCUUAAUGAUCUUACGGAGUUGCUGCGUGAGGGCUUCGACUGGGAGCAAUGCGCGCGCUGGUUGCGCGCUGUCCGCACCCGCUUCCCGCACGCGCCGUCUCUGGCCGCCUAUUGGGAGUGUCGCGCCGCACUGGAGGAGACUCGCGGGGACUUACCCGCCUCUGUGCAAUGCUGGGAAGAAGCUAUAGCCAAGGGAACACAGCACUCGGUAGUGGACGCGAACCUAGACCAGCUGCUAGACAAGUUCAUGCAGCUCAAGAUAAGUCCCAACAGUGGGAAGCGGGACCGCGUGGACCCCAAGCUGGUGGACGUGAAGAACGUGUUCAAGAGUACCAUCAUAAGGUUCGCUGUUCAGCAGGCUAAAUUACGCCAGUCCAACCAGUCCGAGCAGCCCACGCACACCGUGACCCCCGUGCGCCGCAGCGCCCGCCUCAGCAGCCACUGGGGCAUCAAGAUUCAAAGAACCCCCCGCUACCAGAAAACACCCAAAACUCCUCUACAGAUAUGUUCCUCGAUCAGGCAAGCUGAACUUAUGGGGGAGAAAGUGCUGUUUGUACCUAACACCACUUUGUGUAACACUCCUUAAUGCUAUGACGCUUUUGGACGCCAUCUUCCGCUAUACACAUCUAAAAACGCCUACGUAUAUGCUCCUCAAGUUAUACAAGCUGGAAUUAUGGGAGAAAAAGUGCUGUUUGUGCCUAAUACUAUUUUAUGAAACACAUCUUAAUGCUUUAAUCGCCUAUAGCCGGGACACAGAGCGAGCAUACGC